ACCCACCCACGAAAACCCUAGCUCACUUAUCCCCAUCGUCGCUGCCGCUCCUGCUCCCUUUUCCCCCGCCGCUGUCUGUCUACUCCUCCUCCCUCGUCCUCGUCUCAUCGCCUCCGCCACCUCCUCCCUGUCCCCGGCGUCCUCCCACGGCACAUGAUCCCCUGUCCCCUCCCCUCCCGAUCCCACCCACCGAACCGAUCCCGAUCCAGUCUAGAUCGAGAGAGAGCGAGCCCCUUCCCGCGAUUCCCACCGCCGCCACCCCCACCCACCACCACUGACCUUGUCUCCGCCACGGACCCUCUCCCCUAGCCUUCACCCCCUCAGAUCCACCAGUACAGGAACAGCCAUGGCGUCGCGGUCGUCUUUCUUGCCGGCGCGCGCGUGCAUGCUUCACGCCGGCCACGGGCCUCCGGCAAAUCAGAACGGCGACGACGUCAACGGGAUCAUCAGGUCUCCGGCAGCUCAUUCCCCUCGCGCAACUGCUCCCCUCCUUCCUGCCCUCCCUGCGCUCCAGAUACGGCCCUAACGAAGCCAUGGUGAGUCCCAUCGCAGCGUCCACCCGGCGACGGCGGGGAUCCGCUGCUGCAGCGCCUCCGCGCGGGGACCUGCGAGGCCGUGCCGUGGCUGCGGGAUGCCUCCAGGAACUUGGCCCGCGACCUGCUCGCCUGGACCAAGAAGGGCAUCGGCCUCCGUGCCAUCCUCGUCAUCUCGGUAGUCGAAGGCUUUCACCAUGGCCGAUGAGAGAAGAGGUGGUGACAGACUGGGUAGUGGCUGGCGUACUAGUAGGAGGGGGAGGAAGUGGGUUGACGAGAUGGGGUUCAGACGUCCCAGCAAGAUCCAGGCUGUCACGCUUCCCAUGAUCCUCACGUCUCUCUACAAGAACCUCGUAGCCCAGGCGCACAACGGCUCCGGCAAGACCACCUGCUUCGUCCUCGGCAUGCUCAGCCGCGUCGACCCCAGCCGCAGGACUCCCCAGGCCAUCUGCAUAUGCCCUACCGGGGAGCUUGCGCAGCAGGUGUUGAUCCAGGCAGAUCUCUUCCUGAACAAUCUGACCAGCAUGUGCGAGAGGAGCACAGAGAAGGGCUCUAUGUGGGUCACCAUGAAGCGAUGUGAGAGAACCCCUACCCUUACAGCUGAUUCGUGUGGUGUGGGUUGUAGAUUUGAUGGGUUCAGAAACUCUGAUGUGACGAGUUGUUCGAUGUGCGCAGCGUCGAUGAAGUGUCAGGCUAGGUUGAAGAAGAUGGCGAGUAAGGGGGAGCCUAUUGAGUACUGGUGCCUGGUCUGUGCCACCGAUGGCAAGAGGAACAUCUCCACCUCGGGAGCUCCGCAUCCGAGUCUCGUCCAUCCUCAGCAGCAAGGAGCUGGGCCAAGGGAGCAAGCAGCGCUGCUGGUUACUUGGGGCCAGAUCGAGUAAGAUGGCGCACCAUGGCGUGUGGUGGCCUAUUUUGCUUCCAAGAGUAGUACUGUUUAUUUGAAAUGAGAUGUACUCGUCUACUGCCUAGUAAACAAUACUACCUAGUACUGUUUAUUUUUCUUCCAAGAGCAGUACUAUUUAUUUUCCUUCCAUGGUGUGUGGCGGCCUAUUUUGAAUGAUUGUCAUGUACUAUGAUGUAGUGAGCUGCAUGAGUGAAAUGAAAUUUAAUCAAGAGAAUUAUUGAGUGUUUGCUGUUCAAA